AUGCGGCCGCCAGUUGGCCUCUUGCUGCUCUGCUGCCUCUGCCUUGGCCUGCAGCCAGGACAGCUCUUUGGCUUGCCGCCUGUCGAUCGGGAUGUGCAGCGGCUGGGCGAGGCCACGCUGCAUGUGGCAAGUCGCUACAUUGCCACCAGGAUCAACACGCUCCUGGUGAGACAGCAUUGCCACAACUGCUCAGCACUCGUGGAUCAUCAGCAGCGACAGCUAGUUGACCAGCUGCUCCAGAAGCUGGCCCUGCACAUGUCCAUCCUCUUCUAUCGGCCAACCGCCUACAUUCAGCAGCCCUGGGACUAUACGCUCAUCGUGGUCAACGAGGCCGAGGCCUUUGAGCAACUCCAUUUGAACUAUACGCACCCUCUGCAGGAACGUGAGUUCUACUUUCUAAUUGUUCUCAUGGCUCGCUUGCCGGAAAGCGAACUGCACCGCUCAGUGGGUCGCAUGUGUAAUAUGGCGCUCUUGAAGCGCAUCAUCAAUGUCGUCGUGCUGGCAAUGACCAGAUCGGACGAUGACCAGAUCGGACUCUAUUCGUACAGAUUGUUCCGGGAGCACUGCACGCCGGGCAUCCACACCUACCGGAGCAAUCAGUUUCGGUCGGACGGCAGUCUGGUGCAUCCGGAGCUGUUUCCCGUACGCUUCGCCAAUCUGAGCAAUUGCGCCUUCAAUGUAACGGGGCAUGUGUUGCCGCCGCACUUCAUGUACCGUGCGCCAGAUGGCGCUGCUCUGCCCGCGGACGGUGCUCUGAUUGACAUGCACGACUUGCAUGGCAUCGGCGGCGAGCUGCUCCGCCUGCUGGCCACGGCGCUGCGAUUCCGCGUUCACCUCAAGAUACCCAUGGAGAAGAGCGAGAUCUUUAGCACUGACAGCCUCAGCGGCUGCUUCGCACAGCUGGCAGCUGGCGAGGCAGAGCUGGCCAUUGGCGGCUUCAGCGGCUCGGACAUACGGCGCCACAUGUUCUCCACCUCGUCCGUGUAUCACCAGAGCUACUUCAUCUUUGUGGUGAGGUCGGAGCGCUACCUGGGACCCUUCGGCCAGCUGAUACGUCCCUUUGAGUCGGUCGUCUGGCUCUGCCUGCUGGCCACGCUGCUCGCGGCGCUGAUCUGUGUGCGCUGCCUGGGCCGACGGCUGCGACUGCAGCAUCCAGUCGAGAACCUGCUGGCCUCAACCACGGGCAAUCCGGUGCCCAUGCACCGUGUGCCGCAGAGCAGCUUCCUGCGCCACCUGCUGGCCAACUGGCUGCUGCUGACGCUCGUGCUGCGCUGCGCGUACCAGGCCAAGCUGUUCGACGUGCUGCGCAUACCCAAGCAGCAGCCGCUGCCGCAGGGCCUGACCGGGCUGCUGCGCCAGAACUACACGCUGCUUAGCAGCGGCUACCACGACUUCUAUCCGCGCCAGCUCACCCAGCUGACGGAGGGCAACUUCUCGCAGCGCUACCGGCUGCUGCAGCAGGCGCAGCGGGGCUCGCGCCUGGUCACCAUCUCGCUGGACAACAAUCUGGCGCACUGGCAGCGCCAGCACCGGCGCAGCAGCCGGCUCACCCACAUCCGCAAGCCCAUCUACCUGUACCAGCUGGUCAUCUACUUUCCGAACAGCACGAUUCUCAAGUUCAGCAUCGACCGCAAGAUCGAGCAGCUGCUCAGCUCGGGCGUCCUCGCGCACAUCGAGCGCCGCUAUCUGUCCACGCCGCAGCUGGGCGACGUCGGCAGCAACGUGGAGCUGGUCACACGCAUCACCAACGACAUGCUGCACGGCCUCUACCGCUGCUACGCGACGCUGAUGGCCCUGGCCGGGCUGCUGCUGCUGCUGGAGUGCCUGGCCGGGCGCAGGCUGCGGCGCCUGCUGGACUGGCUGCAGUAG